GGCAGAUGGGGUGGAGAGACGAGGGGGUUACAUACUGCAUGGUCAGCUGAUGGAAAAGGAAUGAAAAAAUACAUCAUAAACAAUAUCACAGAUUCUACUGUAUGUUUGCCUAUGAGAUGCAGAUUCUGCAGCGACUGGCUGUUCUGGUGGUGUGCCAUCAGUUAGCAAUGGGCCAGAUCAUCUCAUGUUACUUUCCGAUUCAGAGACCUAUGUCCUGGUUCAAAGCCCGGGAGUUCUGUCGGAGGCACUAUGUCGAGCUCGCUGUCCUGAGCACAGAAGAGCAAUACUUCAAUUUCCUCAAUGCCACUGGUGCAAACAAAGUCAGCUUUUGGCUGGGCCUGCAGCGUCAGAGCAUCUUCAGUGGCUGGAAGUGGGUGAUCGGGGAAGAGCUGAGAUAUGAACACUGGUACAGGAGAAACUAUGAAGGCCGCUGUGCAAGUUUGGAGGCAAUACUGGAGAAAGACAAGAAGCUGCUGGCUCACUAUUGUGAUGAGGCGCACAUGUUUGUCUGUCAGGGUCCAGUAUCUCCGCAGCCAGUGAUGGUGGACUCAGUGGGCUCUGAUCACGUGAUUCUCAGCUGGAACAUCUCUGCUUUUAUGCAGAUGACACCACACAGUUACAACGUGACGGCAUGCACCAACACAUGUUAUACACUCUUCUACCCCUACACUGAUGGCUCGGCCUUCAUGAACAUCAACAUCUCCAACUUAACUUCAGCCACAGAAUACUUCAUAGAGAUUUCUGCUUUUGUUGAUCAGCCUGACAGUGUUACUGGUGGAAAACUUAUCCUUCAAAGUAACCCUACGGCUUUACAAGUCAAAACAGUGGACUCUGGUGGGCAGAACAAAGUCUUCAUUGUAAUUUUGAAAUUGCUCAAGCUUGUGUCUCUAGCCCCUCCACUGUGGAUUCUUUAUUGUAUCCUGAAAAACUGCAAGUCUCCUUUCUUGUAUUUUUUUCAAGGAGUCAGAUCAUGACAUCUCACAAGUGGAGCUCUCAACCGAAGACACAAUUGUUGACCUGAUCCCUGAGAAAACCAGAGGAAUUGGUUUAAAAAGGGAAAAAAAACCUUAUUCUAGACAUCAACAGAAUAAUUCUUGAGAUUGGGGUGUAGAUGACCAGGAAAGGCUAUUUAAUCCUUUAGUAACCUUGUUCACAAUGGCAUGAUUUGUUCACAAAUGUAAACAUGAAAUAUCCUGAACAAGUAUAUAUAACAAAUGGAAAGAGAUGAGUUUCCUAACCUGGCAAAACAUGGAUGAAAAACACAGAAUUGGACAUAACUGGUCAGUUUAAGGAAAACAAGUGUUUGAGAAACUGACCAGAUGGUCAACUCACUUGGUAAGUGAUGAGAACAUAGGCAUUAAAAACGAUCCAUGUGUCCUCGUAGAUCAUGUACUUCACCGCUCCAUUCUCCUCUAUUUUUUUGUUGUUGUUUUUUUACUGCAAAACCAUUGCAGUAAUUCUACUAGCAUAUACUUUAACCCUGCUGAUGUCUCCUGGGCUGACCUGUGUUGUUUACCUUCUGCUUACAAGCAGAGUUAAAGACCUAGUGUGUCAGACUUAUGGACGACAAGCUGACAGGAAGAGUUGCUGCGUUCAUCUUUCAGUAGUUUUGUAGCCAUGUCUGUUGCAAGUUGCUGUUGUUUAGAUUUCGUUUUACUUUUAACGACCCAGUUGCUGUAUUCACCAACAGAUUGGAGCCUUGUUCUUAGAUCUGUUUCGGUUAGAUCUGGUUCGCGUUGCUUUUUAGGAUUGUGAUGUCAAUGCAAAUGUAACACUUCCUGCAGCUGCAUCAAAGUAAAAGCCUUUCAGUUGCACACUUGAGGAUUAACUUGUUGCUCAGAGGCACCACUGACAGUUGGUAUAAAUGAAUUAUUUGGACAUUUUUGGGUGCUUUGUUGUGUUUUGUUGGUAGAUUACUUUGAAACCUUUAACUAAGGGAAUGGAGUUUACACCAUGCAUGCUACAAGCAUAGUAAAAACAGUAGACUAUAAUAGAAGUAAAACAAAUUUCCAAACAACAGAGACCUCUAUGUUCAGAAACAGCUAAAUAGUGUGAUUGGUAAGUAAAAUUCGCUAAAAACAUUCCGAAAAGAACAUGUGGCCAUGUGAAAUGUGUUGGCCUAAUUAAUGUCUAUUCCUGCGCUGUACUACAUGUACCAAGCUCAGUAGAGAUGUGAAUGUGGGUGAUCCACAGUAAGAAAACUGAAUCUUUAGUAUAGUAUCUGUAGUGGAAAAUUAUUAUUUCCUCAAUACAUUUUAUUUAUUCAUUUUUUGAACUAGUUCUGAUGAGCAACUAUGAUGUUUAGCUGUACACAGCCUGUGAUGACCCACUGUGUUUAUUUCCUAUUAACAAGAAAAUCAGUCAAUGGAAAUUUUGAGGUAUUUUUGUGUCAUAUUUACUAUCAUCUUAUCAGUUUUUCCACUAAAACUGGCAGAGUAGCUGCUUCAGUGUCUUAUUUCUGAAAUAUUGCUCGUGUCAUACCCUCACUCAUUAUAAUCUAAGCUAAUGUGUUAGCAUGGAGCAAUGGAGCAAAUGAUCUUCAGUGGACACAUGGAUGAUUGUAAUGUGGACAUAGAAGGUUUACUUCAAGCUGGGAAACAAUCUGUAUUGUGAGGCUCUCUUCCUCUCAAGAUUUAGAUGUACUGUAGGUUCAACAAAGCUAACUAGAAACAUGUUCUAGUUUAAUAGUUAAACUGUGGUGGUAGAGUUUGCACCAGUCUUUCUGCAACUUCAUGUGACUGCAGCUAAGAAAGAAUCAGUCAUGCAUGCUAUUCACUUGGAGAUUGAAUCAGCAAGUAUUAACUACAUUUUUUAACCUUUUUUUCUUGACACAUAAUAUGACAAAUACAACUUCACACAGGGAUUACCCAGUUAGUUAGUUAGUUAGUUUAUUUCAAAAGGCACAAGGCCAGUAAAUGUGAAAUGUGUUGUUUUUGUUUUUUAUUUGUUUAUUUGUUUUUAGUAAUUGUCUUGAUAUAGUAUUUUAAGUUUGGGCCGUUAAUUGCAUGCAGACUAUAUCAAGUCAAAUUUUACAUUACAGUUUCUUUCAAAAUUUAUUUUCUGCUGCAGUAUAUAAACAUAAUUUUUAGGAGACAGUGUUGAUAAUUCAUAUGUAAUGUGUGAAAUGUAGUCGGGCCUUUGGUGGUAUUACACUUAUUUGGAUGUUUUGGAUCCAAAGCAAAAAUUCACAUUUCAAAGCAGGAAAAUAAGAUUUACAGUAUUGUGAUUCAAAAUGAAAUAUUUCUCAGCUUUAAUACUAAGCUAAGUCUAAAACACGUAGUGGUGAUUUGGCCAAUGAACAUGUUUUAUAUAAGGAAAGUACUUUUGACCACAAAUCUUGCCGUUCUCAUGUGCCUCAGGCAUUUCGAUUACAUUUUUCAAGAUCUGUGGUGCAGAUGUUGUCUGUUUUGGGUGUUGAACAAUAUUUUUUUCUACAAUAGAAAUGCACUGUAAGCAUCGUGUUGCUUCCUUCAGUGGCUGCUCUGUAACUAAGAGUCAUAUAAAUAAAUAAAUACUGUA